UACCAUCAAAUUCAAGUAGACGAGACUGCAGACAAGAAGUCAUGGCUCUGCUGCUGGAGCACCUGUUCAGACCACUGCCGGCUGACAGACAGGUGGAAACCAGACCUUUUCUAGAGGCUGCAUCCUACCUUCCACCAUUCUUUGACUGCCUUGGCCCGACUAUCUUUGCACCCAUCAAGUCUGAUAUUUUAGCAAAUAUUACAAAGAUCAAGGCAGUCUAUGACACCAACCCAGGACGCUUCAGGACCCUUCAACAGAUUUUGGAGGUUGAGAAGGAAAUGUAUGGAUCACAGUGGCCCAAAGUUGGAGCCACGCUGGCACUCAUGUGGCUGAAAAGGGGUCUACGCUUUAUCCAAGUGUUCCUUCAAAGCCUGCUUGAUGGUGAAAAGGAUGAAAAUAACCCAAACCUCAUUCGAGUCAAUGUGGCCAAAGCAUAUGAAUUGACAUUGAAGCGAUACCAUAGUUGGUGGGUUCAACAGCUUUUUAGGGCAGCUCUUUUCGCUGCCCCAUACAGGUCGGACUUCAUAAAGGCGCUGUCCAAAGGCAGGGAAGUCAAGGAAGAAGAGUGUCUGGAAAAACUAAAAAAAUUCAUGAUCAAUUUCUCUGCCACAGUCGAUGCUAUUUAUGAGCUGUACAAUAAAAUGAAUGCUGAUCUUGACUAUAGAGUCUGAGUGCCGGCAAUACAACACUUUGUGCUUCACUGGUGUGCUUUGUUUACCCUCUGCAUGGUCUUCAACAACUUCAAUUAUUAAGUACACUGUCGCUGCACUUUUGUGUUUAUGUGCCUGACUCUAUUACUUUCACUGCACAUAGUUGACAUGAUGAUAAACUCUCAAAGCUACUGUUAUCCGCAUGACUUGCAAUGUCGGGAUAUACCGUAUUUUACGGACUAUAAGGCGGAUCGGAGUAUGA